CGCCCGGCAGCACAAAACCAGGCAGCAGCAGCUUCUGUAGCAGCAGCAAGUGCGGUGCGGUCGACCUGAGAGGAGCGGAGAGGAGAGGGCUCCGUGCCGCCGUCGUAAGGAAACAUCGCACAGAUGAAGGGACCGUCGCGAAUUACUAUCACAUAUUCUUCCGUUUGACUGUUGUUACAUAUCAGACAACACAUUCCUCCUUCAUCCCAGCGGGGUAGCACCGUCGCCGUGGGUCUAUCAUUCGGAGGGCUUUCCUGUUUUUCCUCCGGGAGGCUGAAUGGAAGCAGCAGCCGAGGGAGCGGUCGGGCUGUCGGAGGCCAGGGACGGGAGCCCGCUAUCCGGGGCCGCAGCAUCCGAUGAUGCGGACACCGUCGUUGGAGUUAGCUACGGGAUGGACGCCGCAGACAUGGAUGCUGCUGCUAAGAAAGCCUUCAUCACAGAGAUGCCCUCCUCCUCAGGCCAGCCUGGUCAGGGAAAGAAGAUUGGUCACAGAGGAGUGGAUGCAUCAGGAGAGACUACUUACAAGAAGACCACAUCUUCAGCCUUGAAAGGUGCCAUUCAGCUGGGCAUCGGUUAUACAGUGGGCAACCUGAGCUCCAAGCCUGAGAGGGACGUGUUGAUGCAGGACUUCUACGUGGUGGAGAGCAUCUUUUUCCCCAGUGAAGGCAGCAACCUCACUCCAGCCCACCAUUUCCCCGACUUCCGCUUCAAAACAUACGCUCCUGUGGCCUUCCGCUACUUCAGAGAACUGUUUGGCAUCAGGCCAGAUGAUUACCUGUACUCUCUGUGUAAUGAACCCCUGAUCGAGCUGUCCAAUCCUGGAGCAAGUGGUUCAGUCUUCUAUCUCACAAAGGACGACGAGUUCAUCAUCAAGACUGUGAUGCACAAGGAGGCUGAGUUUUUACAGAAGCUGCUUCCUGGAUACUACAUGAACUUGAAUCAGAACCCUCGCACUUUGCUGCCCAAGUUUUUUGGCCUGUACUGUGUCCAGUCGGGCGGGAAAAACAUCCGCGUGGUGGUGAUGAACAAUGUCCUUCCCCGCGUAGUUCGCAUGCACCUCAAAUACGACCUGAAGGGCUCCACCUACAAGAGGCGAGCGUCCAAGAAGGAGAGGGAGAAGGCCAGGCCCACUUUCAAAGACCUGGACUUCAUGCAAGACUUGCAGGACGGACUGAUGCUGGACCAGGACACUUACAACGCGCUCGUCAAGACCCUACAGAGAGACUGCCUGGUGCUGGAAAGCUUUAAGAUCAUGGACUACAGCCUUCUGCUCGGGGUUCACAACAUGGACCAGGCGGAGAGGGAGAGGCAGAUGGAGGGCUCCCAGGGCGGCAGCGAUGAGAAGAGGCCCGUGGCCCAGCAGAAGGCCCUGUACUCCACAGCCAUGGAGUCCAUCCAGGGAGGAGCAGCCUGCGGAGGGUCUAUCGACACUGAUGACACGAUGGGCGGUAUCCCAGCUGUCAAUGGAAAGGGAGAGAGACUUCUUCUCUACAUCGGAAUCAUCGACAUCCUGCAAUCCUACAGGCUAAUCAAGAAACUGGAGCACACGUGGAAAGCUUUGGUUCAUGACGGGGACACUGUAUCAGUCCACCGGCCUGGCUUCUAUGCAGAUAGGUUUUUCAAGUUCAUGAGCAACACGGUGUUCAAGAAGAGUUCCUCUCUGAAGUCAUCUCCAUCCAAGAAGGGUCGAGUGUCAUUGAUGGUGCCUAAGUGCGCUGGUCCUGGUGCAGCCUGGUCAGCCAGCCAGCUGCCCUCUGAGAGGGAUGAGAACAUCUACGACCUGAGAGGAGCUCGCAGCUUCCCAACACUAGAGGAUGAGGGGCGGCCAGAUCUUCUUCCAUGUACUCCUCCAUCAUUUGAAGAAGCCACCACAGCUUCAAUCGCCACCACUCUGUCCUCUACCACCUCUCUGUCCAUCCCUGAGAGAUCCCCAUCUGACACAGCAGAGCACCCCCGCUACAGGAGGCACACCCAGUCUCUCAGCCAUGAUGGGAGGACCCAGGAGGAGCUACGUGUGCGUGAGGAGGAUCAGCAGACCAUCACAGUGGAGGUGGAGUUGAAGAGACAUGACAGUGAGCCCACCAUCUCUGUUCCACAGCCCUCGUCUGAAACCAGUGAGGGUCCGGAGGUAGCUGGCGCCGAGGCUCCCGAUGCCGCUGCCGCUUCCGACUGUUCGUCAGCCCCUGAAGCAGCCUCCUCCUCAUCAGCCGCAGCUGCUCCCUCCUCUCCCGUGGCGACUGAGGAAGCCCCAUCCAGUCCCAAGUUGGUGGUGGUGGAGGCGGACAGGGCCAGCCAGGUGUCCGGCUCAGGCUGCACCAGCCAGGCGUCAGUCGACGAUGACGAUGACGUGCCAAUCACAGAUAUCUACUUUCCUCCAGAGGACAGGACCUGGGUGUACUCUCCGCUACACUAUGGCUCAGAGUCUAAGGCCCUGCCAGAUGGGGAUUGGGAAAGAGAGACAUAAACCCUGUUCUCUGGCAGAGAGGAGCGAACGUCUCAGUGGAGAGGACUCAUCUGUCUGAAGUCCAGAUCUCAGCGGUAGCAGCAGGAUCUCUGUCUGAGCCAGGAUUUUAAACAUGCAUACAGAAACUGAACACACUGAGGGAGAAAGUGACUGAAAACCAGAGGGGGAAAAAAAAUCCUGACAGUGACAACAUCACUGAUUUCCUACCAUCCCUGCCUUUCACCCUUAACUAAUGAAAAAGAUAUCAAUUUAACAUGUGUAUGUGUGACAUAGUGUGUAUAAGGCUGUAGUCUUAUAUGUUUGACAUACAUGACAGACAGAAGUAACUUACUGUAUGUUCUGCUUCACACAAGCACAGCCCCCCAACAGGCUCUAAACUGGCUGUCCCACUCACUCUGCAGAGCAGCACAUAGAGUUGUGAAGUGAGGGGAGCCGCUGGUUACUCUGAAUCCCCAAUUCAAACAUUUCUUUUUAAUGAUGUCUUCAAUACAGAAGACUCAACGUAGAAACAUGGGAGUCUCUGGGAUAGUAUAACAAUGCUGUAUGUUUGUCUCAUGGCUUUAAGUUUUUAAUUAUUUAAACUUUGUUUCUGAAAAAUCACAUUUUCACAUGUUGGAUGGGUCCAAAUACAACAGUUCUUUACAGUAUGAGCCUCAUGCAAAAGAAGACAGAGGCGAAAAUCAGAGCUGUAUCAAAUUCAAAACACUUUGUCAUUGUAGUUAUGAGAAAACACUUGGUCACUGAAUUAAUCCAUAAUUGAUCCAGAAUCUGAAAAUGAAUUAAUUUAAGAUUUAGAUUGUGUCAGUUUUUUUGACCCCAUAAUCUUUAAAUAUUAAUUUUUAGCUCAGUGAGUGGAUGUUUCUUAAUAAAAAUGCAUUGGGAGACAUACUUAACUUCUCAUUUUACCAUUUUUAUCAAAUGAUCAAAGAACUUGAUAUUUAAUACAGUAGAAUAAGUAUUAUAAACACAGUUGUUCAUAUUUUGUACUGAGGAUUCAACUUGGACAGUUUCAUAUCCAUCCAGGCCAUAGCAGCACUCCAACUGUGAGUCACUUAACAUUGUCAGUGAAGGAAAUUAAUCGCACUGAAAUUUCUAAUGCCAGGACUUCCUGAAGUAGCUCCUCCCACCUCACAAACUCUACUAAAAUUUGCAUGGACCGGUUCGACCAAUCAGGACAAGCUGACCAACCUCCUCCUUUGUACUGCCUUUCUAUUCAGCACGCCGCAUGCAGAUUUCAGUGCGCUCACUGGGGAGUGAGUGGUCAAGCCUGUGGUGUUAAGAGGGCUGUGCUUGUGCUCAUAGAACUGGAGUUACAAUGAUAACUAUUGUUUGACCAAUCAAAACAAAACCUCUAGACAUACGUCAUCCUCACAUUUCCAGUAGUGAAAAUAUGCAGUUUAGUUUAUAGAGGAAAGAAUUAAAAGACAUCAUUUCCUUUAGUGAAGAUAAACAGUGAUUACAAGUUGUUGAAUUCCUAGCAUAAUAAUUUAUAUCAAAUGUUUUUAAGUUUUUUUUUCUGAACGUUUCUUCAGCUGUUUUACUACUGUGAGCUUUAAUUUAUUUUGUCUGUUUGUAUUUUAUUAUAAAUCUUCACUGUUACUGGUACUUUUAACUUUGUAAUGCUGUUUUUCUUUUCGAUUUGCUUCCAAAGAACUUUAAUUUUUGGUUUGAUCAUUACAUCACUGCAGCUUUUUAGUAGUUUCCCAGUUUGUCAUGUAAAUUCAGUGUUACUACUUUUUUCACUACAGCUCUUGUGGAAACGGCUGAGGCUCAUGACUAUUGCCUUCAAAAUUAGACGGCAUUAAUUACAACACUAAGGCAGCAGACAUUGUCAGUCAUUACAGUAAUCUCCGCAUCGUUACAAUGUCUUCCAGUGUUGCCCUAUUUUUGGACAAGACGCACACAUUUUCUCUUUUUGUUUUUAGGUGGGGGAAUAAUCAGCAUAUCAGUGACAUUUGAUAUAUCUGGUCUCCCUCACCUCCUCACAAUAGGAUAUCCAUUGACUGGACAUUUCAAAUGUUUGUAGAUGUAGAGCAUCAGUUGUAGUAUUUGCAGUCAAUAUCGUACCUGUUAUCUGUAUAUUUGAAUGAACACAGUGCGUCGCAGUGAUGACUUGGUGAGACACAGCAGUUCGUAAAUGGGUUGAAUGUUGUUUGCACUUAUAAAGAGGACCUGAAGAUGAACUAGUGAUAGAGGCCAAAUAAACAUAACAUCACGUUAUCAUACUUUUUCAGUUGGUAUAUAGGAGUUUCUGCUCACACAGGCUGAUAUUUAGGCAGCAUUUAUUUUAGGGUUAUCAAGUGUGUGUGUGUGUGUGUUGGUGAAGUCAAUCACGGUCAUUGUAUGGUUAGUGUUUACUGUAGUCUCUUUGUGGCUGACAUCUUAGGACUCUCAACUACGAGUUAAGUUAAAGUUCAACAAACCAAUUUUUUAAAAUCUAACUUCAGAAACCGUUUCUUCAGUCGGUUGGUAUGUUUCUAUGUGUGUUUGUGUGUAAGAGAGGACACAUCAAUGUCAGACAUUGUAAAAUAGAAAUCAGUUCAUUCUCAUGUGCAGUGGCCAGUUGUAAUCAGUUCGCUGUUGAUCAUCAGAUGGAGACCAUAGCAGCAAUAUUUUGUACAGUCUAGCUUUUGAGUUAUUUUAAUUGCCUUAUUGAGAAAUUUUACAUGUAAGCCUAUCAUUUGUAUUUUUUUCACUUGUGCUGUUGUAUUUAUUUUCUUUCUCAUAGUUGUGCUCCUGAGAAUGUGUACAUAAAAUUAUAAAUACAUAUAUAAAGAUAUACAAAUAUAUUUUCCAUUUGAAUCGGAGAAUAUUAUUUUUAUUUGGUUUUAUUUUUGCUGCUGGGCAAGAAAUGAUUGCAAUCUACAUAAUUUACUGUAUCAUAUUCUUCAGUGUGUUUAUUGAGAUGCAGCUGCUGUAUAUUUAUGGUCUAUAAACCACAGCUGUUUCUUUGUAAGAUAUCCAAAAUGGAAAGAUUUGUGGGUUUUACUGCCCAUGCAAAUCGAUAGGGAAUCUUCCAACUGUUCAGCUGUGUUGUGUAUGUGUUUUCAAAUCGCGGUGUGCCCUCAUCCAAUAGAGAGAGUCCUUUACAGAGACAUAGCAUGAUUUCAAAAUGAAUAUGCAUAUCAGAAAUGUGUAUUUAUGUAUAUCUGUGUAUAUUCAUCUAUUUAUACGUGAGGAUAAAUAGAUGGCUGUAUGUGUGUGUUUGGACUCAAUCAGAAUGAAUACAAAAUAAAGCAGUUCUAUGAA